AUGAGCUUUUCUUCCAGUCUUAGCAACAAAAGUAAUCACACGGAAAGAACGGCAAAUAUUUUAAGACAAUCGGAAAGAGUAACUGCCGUCAUUAGAAAAAUAUCCCAAGAAACACCAACAGUAAAAAGUUUUGUGUUGGAGCCCAAAAAAGCAACAAAAAAUAUCGAUUUUUUACCUGGCCAAUGGCUUGACGUUUUCAUCCCCAAUGUAUCAAUCAUUGGCGGUUUCUCGAUCACGAGCACCCCUCGUCAUUUACAAUUAACGAAUACUUUGGAUCUCGCGGUCAAGUAUUCCACACAUCCGCCUGCUAAAUGGUUUCAUGAGGAAGCAACCUUGGGAAGCGUAGUAGAUAUAAGAGUGGGAGGAGAAUUUUACUAUGAUGCUCAGAAAGAAAAGGAGAAUGGAACCCGGAGGCUAUUAUUUAUAGCAGGAGGCGUGGGUAUAAAUCCACUAAUGAGUAUGCUAGCGAGUGUCAUAGAAGCAAAAGAAAUAUCAUUCCAAAACGAAGAACCAGAAAAUAACAUUGAAAAGAUUCAAUUAUUAUACAGUGCAAGAACACUUGACGAACUGUUAUUUUUUGGGAGAAUCGAGCAAUUAACAAAGAAAAAUUGUGGUAGUUUAUCAUUUGAUUGUUUUUAUUUCUUGACUCGGGAAGAUCCACCGUCAUCACAAUCGCCUCGAAUCAAUGAAAAAUUCCUGAUCGAUUUAUUAAUCGAUGAUCAUGAUGACAAAGAUAAGAAAGAUAUCAAGCAUUUGAAGUCCUUUUUAUGCGGACCAACUCAGAUGCAAAAAGAUGUUGUUGGGUGGUUGGUGAAUGGGGUUGGAUUAUCGGAGAAUCAGGUUGCUUUGGAAAACUGGGAAUAA